CUAGAACAUCCGGGCAACUCCACUCAGUCUGCGUAGGAACGGAAUGGCGGAGCUGGCUCAAUGGGCUCUGCAGAACACAGCGUAAGCCUAGCGGAGAUCUUCAGCCCGGGAUAUGGACUGCAGGAUGGGGAGUUACUCAGGGCAAACUCCCUAGAGGAGCUGGAGAAGAGUGUGGGGGCCACACAGGGGGGCAGCGAGAUGCCAUUGGACGAGCUGCUGGCGCUGUACGGGUACGAGGUGUCAGACCGAAUUUCAGAGCAGGACGGCGAACCCAGUGAGCUGCCAGCCAGCCUGCCUGACAUGACUCUAGACAAGGAUCAGAUCGCUAAAGACCUGCUCUCAGGGGAGGAGGAAGAGGAGGCGCAGUCUUCGGCUGAUGACCUCACCCCCUCUGUCACCUCUCACGCCUCUGAUCUUUUCCAACAGCACCUCAGAGGUGAGGAUGGAGACUACUGUGGCAACUCUUCAGAUGAAGACUCAGAAUGCAGCUCUGUUCCCUCCAAUGAUGGCCGAAAGGACAUUAUGGUGGGCCCGCAGUACCAGGCAGCUAUCCCUGCCCUUAGCCCUUACUCACGUGAGGAGAAAGCCUAUGAGAACGAGGAUCAGCUCCUGUGGGCUCCGGCGGUGCUGUCGGGAGAGGCUGUGGAGGAUUUCCUGCUGCAGGCACAAAGGUGGGGGGGUGAAACCACUACACCUGGGCACGUCAUCAAGGACAACGAGCAGGCCCUGUACGAGCUGGUUAAAUGCCGCUUUAACACAGAGGAGGCCCUGAGGAGGCUACGUUUCAAUGUCAAAGUGUUCAGAGAGGAGCUGUGUGCGUGGAGCGAAGAAGAGUGCCGAAAUUUCGAACACGGGUAUCGAGUCUACGGGAAGAACUUCCACCUCAUCCAAGCAAACAAGGUCCGCACACGCUCUGUGGGAGAGUGCGUGGAGUACUAUUACAUGUGGAAGAAGUCAGACCGACACGAAUACUUCACUCUGCAGACCACUAAACUGGGCCGCAGGAAGUACAGCCUGCAGUCAGGGACCAUGGAGGAUGGAGAGCAGGACGGUGAUGGACAGGAGGCGGAAGGGGGCAGUCUCCCACGCACUCUGCCUUCAGGACCUGUGCCCACCAAACGGCUCCGCCUCCCGUCCCCUCCCAACGCUUUGGACCUGCACACACGAGAUGCAGAGCUCAGGGGGCCGGAAUUGGAGCAGUGUGUGGCUGCUGAAGCAGGCCCACCCAGGGAGGCCCUGUUCAAGCUGACCAGCUUUCCCGCUCAAGAGGACUCCCAGGGGCCUAGAUCAACCUGUCCCAGCCCACCCCACUGCCCCAUCCCUCCUGCUGCCCCUCCCACACCGGAUCCAAUAGAAACCCCUCUGGCUCCCUGCAGCCAAGCCCCUCCCCCUGAGCUCCUGGGCCCCGGCUUCUACCAGCUGCAGCUGGAGCCUUUCUCCCUGCCCAGCGUCCCCCCACCCCCUCCUGCUCUCGGCCCCGCGGUCUCUGUCCCGUCAGUGUUCGGAGCCAUCGGCGGCUUCCUGCACCCUUCUCCUGUCCCACACCCCCGCUCCCUCACACAGUGA